AUGGGCACGACAAGCCAAGUUUACCUUUUUGGUGACCAGACAGGCGAGUUUGACUCCGGGCUCCGUCGUCUCAUUCAGGCAAAAAACAACAGCCUUGUCACCUCUUUUUUUGAGAGAUGCUUCUACGCAUUGCGGCAUGAAAUAGCUCAGCUUCCGCCUUCCGAUCGCAGGAAUUUCCCUCGUUUUACUAGCAUCGUGGAUCUACUGGCACGAUACCGUGUCACUGGGCCUAACCCUGCUCUCGAGAGUGCGUUGACCACAAUUUAUCAGCUAGGUUCCUUCAUCAGUCAUUACGGAGAUGGCGGUCAUAUCUAUCCAGCUGGUUCUGAAAGCUACGUUAUUGGAUUAUGUACCGGUCUGCUUGCAUCCGCUGCUAUUUCCUCGUCAAGGACCAUUGGAGAAUUGAUUCCAGUAGCCGUUGAGGCCGUUGUGAUUGCCCUGCGUCUUGGAUUAUGCACUUUGAAAGUCCGCAACUUUGUUGGACGAAACGAAGGCUCAUCUCACAGCUGGUCAGUAGUGGUUUCUGGCAUGGAUGAAGCAAAUGCUCUUGCAUCCAUCCAACAAUUUUCCUUGAGCAAGGGUCUUCCACCGUCAACACGCCCUUAUGUUAGCGCCGUUAGCUCCAAUGGUCUUACUAUCAGCGCACCACCACUUGUCUUACAGGAGCUAAUCGAAACACAGCUCCCUAAAGAUGUCAAGCCAUUCAGAGUAUCAGUUCAUGCACCAUAUCAUGCACCUCAUCUGUAUGGACAGGAGGACGUGAAUUGGGUACUAAAAUCUCGCGACCAUGGUUCCUUCACUGGCUAUUUAUCUCGUAUCCCACUUCUGUCGAGUACAACUGGCCGCCAACUGGUUUCCGACAACUUUGAAAAUAUCCUCAGAAUUGCUGUAGAAGAAAUUCUUCUAGAGCAACUAUGUUGGGACAAAGUCCUCGAGGGUUGUGCCGCGGCUCUUAAAUCCUCCAGCGCAGCCAAAUGCAUCAUUAUUCCAGUCGCCACUGCUGCAUCUUCCGGUUUACUGUCUACGUUGAAACGUGUUGGAAUGUCAGAUGUAUCACUAGAUAAUUCCCUCAUGGAACUCUCACAAGGAAAAAGCCAAGCCAACUCAACUGGAAGAACUGAACAAUCCAAAAUUGCUAUUAUUGGUCUCUCUGGAAGAUUUCCUGAAGCGCCAAGUCCAGAGCAUUUUUGGGACGUUCUUGAGCGGGGCCUUGAUGUGCACAGAGAAGUCCCUGCAGACCGAUGGAACUGGAAGACUCACGUUGAUCUUACCGGCAAAAAGCGGAACACAAGUCAAGUGCCUUAUGGAUGUUGGAUUAAUGAGCCCGGUCUUUUUGAUCCUAGAUUCUUCAACAUGUCUCCAAGGGAGGCACUUCAGGCUGAUCCAGGUCAGCGACUCGCCCUCGUCACUGCGUUUGAAGCUUUGGAAAUGGCUGGAUUUGUCCCAGAUACCACUGCUUCAACCCAGAAAAACCGUGUUGGUAUCUUCUACGGAAUGACGAGUGACGACUACCGUGAAAUCAACAGUGGUCAAGACAUCGACACUUAUUUCAUUCCAGGCGGCAAUCGUGCAUUUACUCCCGGCCGCAUCAAUUAUCAUUUCAAAUUCAGUGGUCCUAGUGUCAGUGUCGAUACCGCUUGCUCCUCUAGUUUGGCGGCGAUCCAUGUGGCCUGCAAUUCAUUGUGGCGCAAUGACUGCGAUACAGCAAUCGCUGGAGGUACCAAUGUGUUGACGAACCCGGAUAACCAUGCCGGUUUGGAUAGAGGCCAUUUCCUUUCUCGCACUGGUAACUGCAACACAUUCGACGAUGGUGCGGAUGGAUAUUGUCGAGCAGAUGGAGUUGGAACUGUUGUGCUAAAACGCCUUGAAGAUGCUCUUGCCGACAAAGACCCUAUUCAGGCAGUUAUUGCAGGGGCGUACACAAACCAUUCUGCGGAGGCUGUUUCAAUGACUCGCCCUCAUGUUGGUGCUCAGGCUUUUAUCUUCGACAAGCUCCUCAAUGAAGCUGAUAUACACCCACACGAUGUCAGCUACGUAGAGAUGCAUGGUACUGGUACCCAAGCCGGGGAUGCAGUCGAAAUGAAAUCGGUGCUCGACAUUUUCGCACCCGAUUAUAAGCGCAAGCCUGAACAAUCACUCCAUUUAGGCUCAGCAAAGGCAAAUAUCGGCCACGGCGAAUCAGCAUCGGGUGUUUCCGCCUUGAUCAAGGUGCUACUUAUGAUGCGCAAGAAUACGAUUCCUCCGCACUGUGGUAUCAAGACGAAGAUCAACCAUAAUUUCCCAACUGACUUCAAGGAGCGUAACGUUCACAUCGCUAUGAAUUCUACCCCUUGGAUCAGACAGGAGCACCAGCCUCGGAGGUGCUUCAUUAAUAAUUUCUCUGCUGCUGGUGGAAACACGGCUCUGCUCAUAGAGGACGGCCCACUGAAUCACAUUGAUGUUAACACACAAGAUCCACGCUCAAUGCAUAUGGUCUCUGUCUCCGCUAGAUGCCAAACAUCACUGAAAAAUAACAUUAGAAACUUGACGGAAUAUAUCAAGAAGAACAUACCCGACGAUGGAAAUCAAGGUUUGGCCAAGCUAUCUUACACGGCAACUGCUAGACGUAUUCACCACCCUUUCCGAGUUAUGGUAUCCGGAGCAAGUAUUUCGGAGAUACAGGAAGGCCUUGCAGCCGCUGCAUCUAGAGAGAGCAUCACCGCCGCACCAGCUGCUACCCCAAAUAUCGGUUUUGUUUUCACUGGGCAAGGAGCUCAAUAUGCCGGUAUGGGUAAAGAGUUUUUCGACAAGUUCUCGCAAUUCCGCUCUGAUAUCUUGCGUUUCAACGGAAUUGCUCAACGACAAGGAUUUCCUUCUUUCCUGCCAUUGAUCGAUGGUAGUGUCGCAGUUGAAGAGCUUAGCUCAGUUGUCACGCAGCUGGGAACAACAUGUUUGCAGAUGGCGUUAGCAAAUCUCUGGAUGUCAUGGGAAGUUCGGCCUGCUUUUGUCAUGGGUCAUAGUCUUGGAGAAUAUGCCGCUCUUCACGUUUCAGGAAUUCUGACGGCAUUUGACACAAUUUACCUCUGUGGUCAUCGUGCUCAGCUCCUGGAAGACAGAUGCAAUAUUGGAACCCAUGCAAUGCUUGCAGUACGCUCUGCUGUAAGCGAAAUAACCCCUUUCCUCAACCCUGGAAUACACGAGGUUGCCUGCAUCAAUGCUCCUGGGGAGACUGUCAUUAGCGGCAGGUGCAAGAACAUCGACACUCUAUCCGAGCAAUUGGUUGCCGCUGGAAUCAAAGCGACAAAGCUGAAGGUGCCUUUUGCGUUCCAUUCGGCGCAAGUUGAACCAAUCCUGGAGGAGCUUCAGGAUGCUGCCAAGGGGGUUAGAUUUCAUAAGCCUUAUAUUCCUUUGGUGUCUCCACUACUUGGAGACGUCAUUAACGCAGAAAAUCACUACCAACUUGGAGGCAAAUACCUGAGCCGUCACUGCCGAGAGACCGUAAACUUUCUCGCAGGCCUGGAGGCUAGUCGACACGCGAAGCUCAUGAACGAUAAGACAGUUUGGAUUGAAAUUGGAUCCCAUACAGUCUGCUCUGGUAUGAUUAAGGCGACUCUUGGUCCUCAAGCCAACACCGUCGCCUCCCUUCGCCGUAACGAAGACGUGUGGAAAGUCCUCACCCAGAGCCUAACUUCGGUAUACCUAGCCGGCAUUGAGAUACAAUGGAAAGAGUAUCACCAAGACUUCACAGCAAGCCAUGAGGUUCUUCAUCUACCCGCUUAUAGUUGGGAUAAUAAGAAUUAUUGGCUUGACUACAAGAAUGAUUUCUGCUUGACAAAAGGUGGAGACUCAACGGAGCAGGCCAACUCUAAGCCCGCUUCCCAGUAUCUCUCGAUUUCGGCCCAGAAAGUUAUUGAGGCAUACAGUGACGAAAACAAAGGAAGCGUUCUUGUUGAAACCGAUAUAGCCGACCCACUUUUGGUUCCUGUUAUUGAAGGCCACAAAGUAAACGGGGCUGCUCUUUGCCCGUCGUCCCUCUACGCCGAUAUAGCUCAAACACUGGCCGAGUAUCUUAUUGAAAACUUUAAACCUGAUAUGAAAGGUAUGGGGUUGGACGUUGCUGACAUGGUUGUUCCAAAGCCCCUGAUUUACAAGAACGCUGGACCGCAACUCCUGCGUAUAGCUACUACGGCAGAUUGGGUUUCUGGAAAGAUGUCAGUUCAAUACUACUCUGUCAAUUCCGACGGCAAAAAGAUGCUUGACCAUGCAUCCUGUACUGUCAAGCUGUUUGAUUGUGACUCAGCCCGCGAGGAGUGGAGACGUAACUCCUACCUUAUCCGUCGAAGCGUCGAUCGGCUAUUCCAGAGUGCUGCUGAAGGCGAGAGCCACAAACUCGGUCGCGGGAUGGCUUACAAACUCUUCGGCGCACUGGUUGACUAUGGUAGCAGAUACAAGUCGAUGAAGGAAGUCAUUUUGGAUAGUGAGCAAUACGAGGCUACUGCUUGUGUCAAGUUUAGCGCAGAACCCGCCAAUUUCCAUCGGAACCCCUUUUGGAUUGACAGCCUUGGUCAUCUAACUGGGUUUACUAUGAAUGCGAACGAUGCAACCGACUCGGCCAACUAUGUUUAUGUCAACCAUGGCUGGGAUUCUAUGCGUUGCAUCAAAAAAUUUUCGGCAGACUCUACAUACCGCAAUUACGUGAAGAUGCAGCCUUGGCAAGGUACUAUCUAUUCAGGCGAUGUCUAUGUCUUUGAAGAGGACGAGAUCAUUGCUGUGUAUGGAGGCGUAAAGUUCCAAGGAGUACCUCGGAAGAUCCUCAAUACCGUUCUUCCUCCAGCAGGUGCUGUAUCAGCAGUAUCAAAGGGACCAUCUCAGAGAAAAAUCCCUGCUCAAGUUACAGUUCCCAAGCCAAAAGCGAUAGCGAAGGCAAUCACGCCAAAGGCGGCUAAAAUGUCCAGUCCUAGUGUCGUUGUCCAAGCAUUCAAGAUAUUAGCUGAAGAAGUUGGAUUGUCUGUGGCCGAACUAUCGGACGACGUUGUCUUCGCUGACUACGGUGUUGACUCGCUGCUUUCCUUGACCAUCACAGGUAAAUUCAGAGAAGAGCUGAACAUUGAUCUGGACUCUACAAUAUUCAUGGAUCAGCCUACUGUCAAAGACUUCAAACAAUUUUUGAUGCAGACUGCAAGCCCAAUGGAUAGCAUCUUUGACGACUCGGGAUCAACCUCGGAACCACCUACACCAGGAACUUCAGGCACUUCAGAUGAUAUCAAUACUCCGGUCAAAUCUACUCCAAGCGAACAAGACAACAAGAUUAUGGCCAUCAUUCGUCAGAUCUUAAUCGAAGAAAUUGGAGUCUCUGCUGAAGAGUUGACUGGAGACGCUAAUCUCGGUGAGAUGGGUAUGGAUUCACUUCUUUCCUUGACCGUGUUGGGAAGACUGCGAGAAUCAGUAAAUUUGGACUUACCUAAUGAGUUCUUCAUUGAGAACCCAACCCUGGACGACGUCGAGGAAACACUUGACCUCAAACCAAAAACUCCGGUAACCGCUCCGGAACCAAUCUCGGUACCACCGUCUCUUCCUGCAGCGGAAGCUUUGAAGGCUGAUGACUUGACAUCCAAGUUUACUCAUCCACCUGCGUCGUCUAUUCUCCUCCAGGGUAAUCCAAAGACCGCAAAAUAUACAUUAUUCCUCUUCCCAGAUGGGUCUGGAUCAUCUACCUCAUAUGCAACGAUUCCCAAGAUUUCGCCGGAUGUCUACCCCGAGAAACUUAAUUGUGCUCUCCAGGAUCUCACUGCUCCAUAUGUUGCAGAAAUCCGACGUCGCCAGCCCAAAGGCCCAUACAAUGUGGGAGGUUGGUCUGCUGGAGGUAUCUGCGCGUAUGAUGCAGCACGACAGCUGGUGUUGGAAGAUGGCGAGACUGUUGAGAGACUGUUCCUUCUAGACUCACCAUUUCCCAUUGGUCUUGAGAAACUACCUCCUCGUCUCUAUCAAUUCUUUGACAACAUGAAGAUUUUUGGUGACGGGAAAGCCCCGCCACCUAAAUGGCUCUUGCCGCAUUUCCUUGCCUUUAUCGAUGCAUUGGACAUGUAUAAAGCCAUCCCUUUCCCAAGUAAGGAUCCAAACUUCGAGAGUCGUCUUCCCAAGACAUAUCUAUUCUGGGCUAAGGAUGGUGUUUGUGGAAAACCUGGAGAUCCACGGCCUGAGCCUGCACCAGAUGGAAGCCGUGACCCUAGAGAGAUGCUGUGGUUGCUCAACGACCGUACUGAUCUCGGGCCCAAUGGUUGGGAUACUCUUGUCGGAGAGAACAAAGUUACUUUGAUCGAAGCCAUGUCAGGCGUGAAUCAUUUCACAAUGAUGAACGGUAAUAAGGCAAAGGGUUUGUCUGGAUUUAUCGAGAAGGCGUUUACUUAAGCUGUGGUUUGACGUUUGUUGUUUUUCAUUCUGAUUUGAUUAUAAGUUACUGUUACGUUUAUACUUUUCUUCAUGUGACAAAAGUGUCUUCGUUUACUUUUUCUCUCUUUGGGUUUCAUGGGGUCAUUUUUCUCUCUUCUUUUCUUUCUCGACUUCAUUUUGAUAAGUGUAUACAUGGAAUAUUUUGGACCUAUCUAUAUUAAUGUGCUGAUAGGUAGAUAUAGAUUUUUAAUACGAAC